AUGGCAAAUCUGAAUCAAGGUGCUGAUCCAGCGGCACUUCCAAUCUUGCCUUGCCUGGACUAUGGCAGGAACGUAGUCGCCUACGUUGCUCGUUGCGGGCAGAGCGCCGGCGAGCGAUUCUACAAGUGCCGCAAUCACAAUGUGCCGCACGCACCACACCACAGGGCAGCAGAACGGCAUGCCGGGGGCACCCAGUUCGUUUCUUCAGUCAGCGCCGCUGCAGGAUACAUGCUCGCCGUGCUUCCAGCUGCUGGGCGCCAGGGAACCAUUGGCGUUGACGCUGCAUCCAUCAAUCUGGUGGUCUCCGAGGCCAACCUUGUCACUGGGGUGGCAAUCCUUGUGUUGGUUGUGGUCAUGCACGUGCUUCGUUAG